UUGUCAACACUAUCACGAGUUUUCUCAAACAAACUCAUUAUUUAAAUCACAAUCAGCUGUUUGUCUGUCAUUUACAUUAUUCACACCACUUGGGCACCAAAUACAGUGAUCAUAAGAUGUCUCAAUCCAAGUAUGAAUACGUCCGCACAUACGAAGAGUCCACAGACAAUGUCCUACUGAAGGACUGCUAUAUUGUGGUGCGAGUCGAUGGACACAAGUUUCAUAAGUUUAGCAAAUGUCACGAUCUCUUCAAACCUAAUGACAAACGUUGUUUGGAUCUAAUGAACGAAUCGGCCAAACAUGUGAUGCGAGCCUUCUUUCCCAAUAUAGUCAUGGCUUACGGCCAAAGCGAUGAAUUCAGUUUCAUUAUCCGUCGGGUGUCUGAUCUAUACAAACGAAGACAAAAUAAGAUCACAUCUCUUAUCGUCUCUUCAUUCAGCUCCGCGUUUGUCUUCUAUUGGUCCCAAUAUUUCUCUAAUCAACCACAGAAUGCUUGUCACCAAUCAGUUCCACUCCAAUACCCGCCUGCUUUCGACGGCCGAUGUAUUCUUUACCCGAACUCCAAAGUGGUGAUGGAUUACCUCCGAUGGCUUCCACUCCAAUACCCGCCUGCUUUCGACGGCCGAUGUAUUCUUUACCCGAACUCCAAAGUGGUGAUGGAUUACCUCCGAUGGCGUCAAGUGGACUGUCAUAUCAAUAACCUCUAUAACACCACAUUCCAUGCCCUCACCGGUCAUUACACCAAAUAUGUGCUCAACUCUACCGACAAUUCAUACACUUUUACCCCCAAUUGGACCCAAAGUGCUGGCGCUGACCCACCCCUCCCUUUGACACCCAGAGAGGCGACCGAAAGGCUGUCCAAAACUAUAAGUUCCGAUAAACAUGAGAUUCUGUUCACAGAAUAUGGCAUUAAUUAUAAUAACGAAUUACAACAGUUUAAGAAGGGAUCAGUUAUUGUGUUGGAUAUUAGCCAACAAUUGAUGCAAAGUAUUGUCUCUAAGAAUAAGAAAAAGAAGAAGAGUUUGGAUGUAAAAGGAGAUGAAGAGGACAUUGACAUCAAUUCCUAUCUUAGUGUCAGUUAUAUUGAUGUAAUUAAAGAGGAGUUUUGGUCUCAAAAUCAAUCACUUCUUACAUAA